AAGGCGAGUCCCCAUGACAUCCAAAGGAGGGCAGCAGUUUUCCUUAGAUGCCCCAGACGGUCAACCGAGGAUAACACACCCAGACGAAGAAGCAGUCAGAAGGGAAAGGCAUGGCACGUGCUGUUCCAUAUGUUACAACACUGACAACAAACACUGACAUUGCUGUCCUUAGCUCGUCAGCUAACCUCUACUCUACUGGCCUCGAUGUACUUUCCAAGAGCGUGGAGCAUCACUAGGACAAGAGACUCAUUCAGCCAUUUCACCGGAUGAAGAUCGGAGAUAUGCUGAGAAACUGGAUGUCAAUCGCUCGAAAACAAGAAGAAGAAGCAGAAGAGGAAGGAUACGAAGGAGGAAGACAAACUUAGGAGCUUUGCGAUACAUCACCUUCAGCUGACUGGAAAACCUGACCACAAAACAUCACAAUGUUGGGCAGGAUAGCCCUGAGCAGAGGCAUUACAGCCCAUAGACUCAGUAAGAAUGCCACUUUGUACAUGAAUGAGGUAGCCCCUCCGGUCUCAGGAUGUCGGACCCAAGUCUCUGAAGAACAAAAACCUCUUAUGUUGAUGUUGCCGUGGUUAGGAUCUCGCCCCCAAGCCAUGGCCAAGUAUUGUGAAAUCUACUUCAAAACUGGCCUCGAUGUGCUGGUAGUGGAGAGUGAGGCGAAAGAGUUCCUGUGGCCACGUUGGGGUCUGGAGCAUGGAAAGAGGGUACUGGAUUUACUCCACAGUGAACGCUUUGUGUCCCGCCCACUGCUUGUCCAUGCCUUCUCUAUUGGUGGGUACACGUUUGCUCAGCUGCUGGUGAAUGUAUCAGAAGACACACAAAGAUAUCAGGGGCUUACACAGAGGAUCAAAGGCCAAGUUUAUGACAGCUUGGUGGUGGGCUCUGUGGAAAGAAUGGCCACAGGUCUUGGCAAAACUCUACUUCCUCAUUGGGAGAGCGUGAUAAAACGAGUAAGCUUGUUAUACUUCAGCAUGUUUAAACACCAAACAGUGGACUACUUCAACAAUGGGAUUGAAGCAUUUUGGAAUACACCUGUCACCGCCCCUGCACUGUUCUUUUUCUGUGAAAACGACCCAUUGAGCGACCCACGAGUUAUGGAGGAAUUGAUUGAUCACCUGCGUAAGCGUGGUAUGGACAUUACAGCUAAAAAAUGGGAGGAUUCAACACAUGCAGGUCACCUUAAAAGGCACCCCGAAGAGUAUCUAGCCACCAUCAACAUGUUUCUAAACUCACUCCCCAUCGCCCAGAUGAAGGCUAAAUUGUAGGAUGGUUUCACUGCAGCAAAAUGCCAUGUUGGUUAGAUUUUUUCUGUUUUAUCUAAAAUGUUUGUUAACGUCUUUUGUGGUACUGUAACAGCAAUAUUAACUCUGUGAAAUGCACAACAUGAAUGCUGUGCUAAUUACACUGGAAGGAGAAGUAACAAUGCAGUAAGACCGCAAAUUACUAGAAACCAAAGAUAACCAGUUUACAAUUUCUGAAAUUACAAAGGUAUGUUGGGGGGGGGGGCUUGACUGUAUAUAUGUUGUUCUCUUUGGAUGAAAAUACAGAUUGCCUCGUAGAAAAAGUGCUCCAUGGUUUUCCACUUCACCUCUUCUGUAUGCAUACUGUAUGUAAGAGCUACUCCAUUUUAUUUGAUACUGGAAUUGUUUGAAAUGUUGGAAUCUGGAAUGGUUCUGGUGUAGUUAGAACCAUCUGGAGCUGAACCCGCUCCAGACGGUAGAGAUGACAGUGGACCCCCCCCCCCCCCCGAGCUACUCCAUUUUAUUUGAUACUGGAAUUGACCCCUAUCAACUAAAAGAAAACUACGGUAUAUAAAUACAGCAAGUUAACAAGAUAGACAAUGUUCAUGAAGAAUUAAACAUAUCUUGUCAUGGAAAAGGAACACUGUCAGGACACAUUAAUGUAUGUUUUAUCAAUGUCAAGGUACAGUGCCUUCAUUUUGACCUCAUGUUUUUGAAGUGAACCUAAAUUGCUGCAUUGUCGAAGUUGCUAAUUAAAGAAUUUAAGUUUACAUUCCUUCAAUACUCACUAAUUUGUUGCACUUUGCGUAAUUUUGCAUCUACUUUUAAAAAAAACGAUAACGCCUUCUCUUCAGUGUUAUAUUUAAUAUUUUUAUAUUUAAUAUACUACCUUACUCUAUCUGUUCAUUCUGUGAAUUUAAAGAGAUUGUAUGUGCUUCUUGUCACCUGGAAAUUCCCAAGGAGGGUAAACUUACCUCGCCCCCUCCCCCUAAUUGCUUCAACUAAACACUUGUUAGACCAGUUUGUUGAAAAUCUGUCAAUGCCUCUUUCAACAAUGCAGAAGGUACAGUUUCAUGUAUUUAUCUACUUAGCUUUGAACCUUAACUUACAUGAGAUAUGCAUUUCUUAACUGUGCAAUAAAGUUUCAUUCUUUAUUUUUUUUAACGUAUUCUCUGUCAGUGUGGGUGAUUUUGGAAAUAAAUUUGAAGUGGUCUUCC